CCUGCGUUGUACAUAAGGCAUCCGUACCCUGGCCUGCUAACUCACCGUCUGACUCUCUGGAGCGGAGUUUCUCGUUUGCACUUCCGUCAUUCUGGUAUCGCCCCUUGGGAAACAAGCCACCUUUACUGCCUACCAUUUCACCCUCCAAACCUCCUGUCCCGAGGCCAACCGCGUACCUAGGCAUUGUGACAGCAUACCACUAUUAUCUCCUGUCGCAACGCUCCCGAACCCGCGACACCACCGCCCUCGCAUCCCUACCUGGCGACUUUCAGCUGCAACAACGACGCCCUUCAAGCCCUCCGAAGUUAAUCUAUCAAGAUGGGCGCAAGCAUGUCAUGGCUUUCCGGCCUCUUGUGGUCCAAGAAGGAGAUCCGGAUAUUGAUCUUGGGACUGGAUAACGCUGGCAAGACGACACUUCUGUACAGGUUGAAGAUCGGCGAGGUUGUCACCACGAUCCCUACGAUAGGAUUCAACGUCGAGUCCGUCACAUACAAAAACCUCAAUUUUAACGUCUGGGAUCUAGGCGGUCAGACCAGCAUCCGGCCGUACUGGCGGUGUUACUACGCCAACACGGCGGCCGUCAUCUUCGUCGUCGACUCGACCGAUAUCGAGCGUCUGCAGACCGCCGCCGAGGAGCUGGGCGCCAUGCUCAAUGAGGAGGAGCUCAAGGACGCCUCGCUCCUCGUCUUCGCCAACAAGCAGGACCAGCCCGGUGCCAAGGGCGCGGGCGAGAUCUCGGAGGCGCUGCGUCUGGGCGAGCUGCGCGACCGGAACUGGAGCAUCAUGGCCUGCUCCGCCGUCGACGGCAGCGGCGUUACAGAGGGCAUGGACUGGCUUGUCCAAACCGUCAAUCAGGAGUCAUAAACUCGGAGUUCCGACUUCGUGGAUCCCAUGCGGCGACCUCACCGAUCAACCUUUAUAUAUAACGCCCCUCACGAUUUAUAAUACAGCCCUUUUUAGUUGGGUAGAGCUGCGCAGCAACGUGUGUUUUGUCGACGUCUUCGAUAGGGGAAGGGCAUGCCUGGUGUGUCUUCCUGUCUAGGGACGAGGGCAGUGUACGGAAGAAGGAGGGCAUUGAGGAAGUUUUUGCCAGCCAGCCCCGCGUGUGACCCAUAACGUUGACGACUUUUUUUAUUCUUUUGGGACGGGAGGGCUCUCGAACAUGGAUGGAGUGACACGUAUUGCGCAUAUACUUUUCAUGAGGCGAUCAGAGAUCCUGGCGAGACGAGGAAAAGAAAGAGAAAGAGAGAGAAACUCGAUUUGAUUCAUCCUUUUAUCAGUUUAUAUGCUUCUAAU